UGUCAGUGACUUGUGAGUGUGAGCUGUGUUUACAACAAGGCCGGAUUAUGAUUGCAAAAAUCUGUGGAAAUAAACCAUUGUCCUCGUUGUCCGCUCUGCCCUCAUUUUCUUAGCCCGAGUAGGGAGUACCAGCGUUGCAACAACUUACUCUCCUCUCGUCUCCAAGGCGAUCGAGCCGUUUCCAACGUGUGUCAUCGCCAUAGCAACCCAACCUCCGGGGCGAUAACUCCCAAGGUAGUUUGUGAUCAUCUGUGGCAGGCUACCAAAUUUGGAAUUCGCAGGAAGAGGAUGUAGCCUUAUAAGGAAAGCGCCUCACAGAUGAAAGACAUCUUUUUAUCCAAAAAAAAAAAGAAUUUUUUUUUUUUAUGUUCGGACAAUUUUUAAUUUUUUUUUUGGCUGAGGAUCGAAGGAUAGAUAAAUGGGAGAACCACGACAGCCCGUCAUGUUAGAGACGGAUGUGUAGCGACGCUUGCAGGACCUGACUUGUUUUUAUCUUUGAUUCUGCCGAGUGCGCUUAGGAUCACUAUGCUGUUAGACUUUGAGAGGCUGGGCAGAUUAUCCUGACAGCACCAUAGAUGUAGCAGUAGCCACGCCUGAUAUACUUAGGGGGAGGCAACAUAUCAGCCACCGGCCAUGUUGACCAAGGAAUACCGCAUCCCCCUACCACUGAGUGUGGAGGAGUAUCGAAUAGCACAGCUCUACAUGAUACAGAAAAAGAGUCGUCAAGAGAGUAGUGGGGCUGGAAGUGGCGUGGAGAUUCUCAUCAAUAGACCCUACGAGGAUGGGCCGGGCGGAAAAGGCCAAUACACACACAAAGUCUACCACAUAGGCAGCCACUUACCUGGCUGGUUUCGUGCAAUACUCCCCAAGACUGCCCUGCGAGUGGAGGAGGAAUCCUGGAAUGCCUACCCUUACACCAAGACCCGUUACACCUGCCCCUUUGUGGAGAAGUUCUCCGUGGAGGUUGAGACCAAAUACUUUCCUGAUGCUGGACAUCAGGACAACGUCUUCAAUUUACCCACUGCUGAGUGGAAAAGUAGAUUAAUAGAAUUCAUUGAUAUGGUUAAAGACCCAAUUUCCAGUAGCGACUACAAGAAAGACGAGGACCCAAAGACAUUUGUUUCCAAGAAGACGGGCCGCGGCCCACUGACCAACGAUUGGAUUACGCUGGACGCCGACGGCAAACUGGUCCCCAUCGGGGGCUGCACGGACAUCAUGUGCGCUUACAAACUGUGCCGGGUGGAGUUUAGAUACUGGGGGAUGCAGAAUAGAAUAGAGAAGUUUAUCCACGACGUAGCCUUGAACAAAACAAUGUUACACGCCCACCGGCAGGCGUGGUGCUGGCAGGAUGAGUGGAUGGGGCUCACCAUCGAAGACAUCCGGCAACUGGAGCGGGAGGCGGCCAAGGAGCUGAUGGAGAAAAUGGCCGAAGCCCACGUGAACGACGCAGACGGCGACAACGACCGCAACGACUUUGCGACCACCAACAACAAGAACAACGAGCUGCAGAAGCUGGAGUACCAGGACACGCCGAGCCUCGGCCGGUCCCCGGCGAGUGCGGGGGCCGGGAACCGGCUGCGGGAGGCCCAGAUGGACUCAAUCUGCAGCGACUUCAUGACGGACGACGCACCUAGCAGUCUGGAAGACACGGAGAUGGCCAUGGGCUCCAUGCAACUCGGAAAGCGGAGGUUGUCCAAGAAACUCUCCACGGAGAGCAGAGGGUCCAAUAACAACAGUGACAUGCUGGCACAAUGGAGAAUGAACAGUAUUCAGCAGGACUCGGACAGCUCCGAAGAUGAGUUCUUUGAUGCACAGGCGGAUGUAGAUGAGGAGCCACAAACCAUGUCCCAAUGGAGCUCCUUGGAAGCCCUCAACCAUGCAGUACUCGCUGAAGGUGACUCCAUCCCGCCCCCGCCCCACUCAGCCCCAGCCACCGGUGCCCCGCUCUGCGACAUCAGCGUACUCAUCCUGGUGCUGCACGGCGGCAACAUACUGGACGGCAUGCAAGAGUCAGGGGCCAAGAGCAGCGACGUCAACACUUUCAAGAUUGCCUUUGAUGCCGUUGUGAGGGCGCACUUCCCCAUCGCCCUGGGGAGGACAACCAUCAGACUGGUGCCUUGCCCCUCCACGUGCUAUGAGGCAAUGGCACUCAUGACAAGCCUUAGUCCCUACAUUAACGACCUUUCAACGGAAAGCAAAGUCCCGUCCACCAACGGUGAAUUCAUUCCUCUCGGGGCACUGCCAAUUCUUGCCACGUCUUCGCCCGAAUACCCAGAGCUGGUCUUGGCCACCAUCAACAACAUGAACAAGGUCUACUUGGACUUCUUACACUCAGAGGUGGGGCGAGGCUUCGACGGGCAGGUGAGUGUCAUUGCCGACUGCAUGGGUGCCGUUCUGGGUUACGACGCCCUGUGCCGCAGCGCUGUCCAGGGCAGUAACACCAGCAGCCCGGCCAACAUGUCCGACACCCUCUCCUCCCCGGCCAGCCACGACCACACCCCAGUGGCCACGCCCCCGCCCCACAGAUGUGCCUCCAGCUCCCGUUGCAUGGAGCGGCUGGGCUCGGACGGCAUGGCCGAUCCGGCCAGCAAGCGGCUCAGCCUCAGCAGUAGCAACCUGCAGGCCAUGCAGGACGACGUGGUGUCGGGCCGCGGCCGCAGCGAGACCACCCCGAGCCAAUCGGAGCGCAUCCGGCACUUCUCCAGUCACGUCUUCUUCAACAAGGAAGUCCCCAUGGCCAACGAUCCGCCCCCCACGGCCGGCAGCGCGGCCGGCUAUGACUGGCGGCGGACCAGCGCCUGCAGCCAGACCAGCUGUUUCAUGUCGGACUAUAUGGUCCAGUCAGGGUCCGGCAAGCUGGAGUUUGAGGUGCAGCUGUUUUUCAUGUUCGGGUCGCCGCUUGGGAUCGUGUUGGCUCACCGGAGACUCUUACUAGACAGCAAAGCAGUUGCCCCACCCAGACCAGCCUGUCGUCAGGUCUUCAAUCUGUUCCACCGUACAGACCCAUCGGCCUCCCGGAUAGAGCCCCUACUCAAUCACAAGUUCUCUCUCUUACCCCCCACGGCAGUGGCUAGAUACCAGAAGUACCCGCUGGGCGACGGGCACUCUAUCAGCUUAGUGGAUUGCAUUUCCCACAACACUAUCCUGUUCAUGGAGGGCCAGUCGGGCUGCGUGUCAGGCAACUUCACCCCGAGUCAUCGAAGGCUACCUAGCUCCGCGAGUACUUGCAGCGAGAUGGCGGAGGAAGACAGUAGUGGCAUGUCGCCUGCUCUUGCAAAUGUUGUGCAGUCCAUCAGUAGUAGGUGGUGGGGUGCAAGACGCCUCGACAAUGCCUUGUACUGCCCAGAAGCCCUGCAGGCAUUCCCCACCGGUGCCCUGCCUCAUCUUUUCCAUGCCAGCUACUGGGAGAGUACCGACGUGGUGGCGUUCAUUCUCAGACAGAUUUUCCAGAAUGACUGCGUCAGCAUACACACGGGUGACGGGACAUCAACUGCAGCGUUUAUUCCUUCCAACCCUCGGGAGAAAUGGCAACGCAAGAGAACUAGCGUCAAGAUGAAGCAAAAUGUGAAUCCCAACCACCGGGUGCAGGACAUGAUCUGCCUAGAGGGAGCACCCCAGACCCUGGCCGGGCGGUUUAUGUACAGCUCGCUGGACAUGGUCACGCUGACUGGAGAAAAGGUGGACAUCCACAUAGUCACCCAGCCACCGUCAGGCGAGUGGGUCCACUUUGCCACCGAGGUUACCAACGGCCACGGCCGGCUGACCUACAAUGUCCCAGCAACACGGAGUCUCAGUCAGGGCAUCUACCCAGUCAAAAUGGUUGUAAGAGGGGACCACACGUCAGCAGAGGGCUACCUGGCCAUUGUUCCACCCAAGUGUGAGUGCGUGGUGUUCAGCAUCGACGGCUCCUUCACAGCCAGCGUUUCCAUCAUGGGACGUGACCCCAAGGUCAGAGCGGGGGCUGUGGAUGUCGUCAGGCACUGGCAGGACCUGAAUUACCUGAUCAUCUACAUCACGGCCCGGCCCAGCAUGCAGAAGCAGAAGAUAGUAGCCUGGCUGGCCCAGCAUAACUUCCCUCAUGGUAUGGUCUACUUCAUCGAUGGACUGUCUACCGAUCCACUGCGACAGAAGGCCAACUAUCUCAGGAGUCUCACGGAACAGAGCAAGAUGGUGAUCCAUGCAGCGUAUGGUUCCAGCAAGGACAUCUGGGUGUAUACCACCAUCGGCCUGCAGUCCUCACAGAUCUACAUCGUGGGCAAAGUCUCCAAGAAAUAUCAGACCCAUGCCCAGAGGUUUCGAGAAAGACACAGCCUUGGCGAUAUCUUAGAGGAGGCAGCCACGAGUUCACAUAACCAAGGCAAACGAUUAAGUCUCGGUGACAUUCAGGAGGACCAGUGCAGGAUUCUAAGUGGUGGAUACGCAGCCCACCUGGACACCCUAGCCAGCCAAUCCCGGCCGGCCGUUGGCAACUCGCGCCUCAUCCUCCGCAAGGGCUGUUUCAGCUUACCGGGCCAGUCCCACCAGCGCUCCGCCAAACAGGCGGCGGCGCGGACGGCGUCCUACGGGGGCGCCGCAGUGCGCUCCCAGAGCAGCAGCUCGGGCAGUUUCCGUAGCACCAGUGCCUCGUCCGUCGGCGUCAAAGGCGCGUCCGGUUUUACCCCCGGCGGCAGCUUCAAGCUGCCCAAGUCCCAGCCGACGGUCAAGUUUGAGAUAUGAGGUCAGUGGUGUCUCCUGCGGACCCGUUGCAGCUAGGUACACCCCCAAAAUGCAAAGCCGAUGUGCUGGCUUACACUCAGCGCGAGGUUCAACAUUAGCAAUGGGUGUCUCUUUCAGAUGGCAAUCGCUCAUCGCGGCCACUCCUUGGGAUUUUGCUCAAGAUCUUGGGAAGUUGGGCUAGGCCUUGGGAAAACUUUCACCAAAUCUUGGAAUUGUGUGCGUAUCGAGUGGGGAGUUUGCACGUGCACAGUACACGUACAAAAGAGUGUACGCUUGCAUUGUGCGAACAUCGGCCCUGUGAUAAUUGGGUCUUGCAUACGUCAUCCCGACCGUCAAGGGAAAUCUUGAGAAUCUUCCUGCGGUCAUCUAAGGAUUUUUUGCAAAGCGUUAAGAGAGUCGGUGAUGCACUUGUAAAUUCAUCGUUAUGCACAUUACACGAGCACACACAAACAAAUGUGCCAAUGUGUACAAGAGGGAAAGUACGUUAUAAAAGCCUGUUGUUUUUCCUUCAAAAAUUGCGGCCAGUGACAUUGAAAAAUCUGUCUUUUUGAAGUAGUACCUUAGAUUUUGACACAGUGUAUGUGAUGCAAAAAAGAAUAUGAAGGGGGAAAAAAACGGAUAAGAUUUUGUGCCAUACAAAGUACAUGCUUUAUCAGAAAAAAAAGAUAAGUAGUUAAAUUUUACAAUUUAGUAUUGUAUUCAGUACUUCGGAUUGGACGUGCAGUCUUAGGUACAACACUGUGACCUCAACUCGGCUCCAUCGCUCAUGGUAUUGCAAAUCUGGCACUGGUAGAAACACAGAUUGGUAUAUUAUAAGAUAUCCCACGAGCGCGAGUGGAAUACGGAAUAAUGUAGUGCGUCUGUGUCCUACAUACCACUCGUCCGGUAUGUGGGACACAGACGCACUACUUUUUCCGUGUUCUACGAGCGCCAUAACGAAUUUAUCUUCAAACAAACUUGACGCGCAGUAAAGUUGGAACUAGCACGUUUUACGCAAACCCAAUAGCGGUUUAGCGCAUGCAGCUGGAAUGUCGCUCGCAUCUUGGAAUAGCGCAAUACGCAGAGUGCGAUAUGGACUGUGCAAUACGGUAUAAUAUCACACUGUUGUUGCCAUGGAUCGACCAAUCAGGAACGGGGAUACAAGUUCGCUUGAAGAUAUUAGUUAUCCCACGAGUUGAACAACAGUUGAAUAAUGUAGUGCGCCUGUGUCCAUUGUAUCAUGAUUUCGAAAGCCGAGUGGCAUAUAGAACGCAGACAUCCUUCAUUUUUCUUGUUCCGCGAGUACGAGCGGGGUGACAAAUUCCUCUUUAAGCAAACUUGGCGCACAGUACAGAUGGAACGCAUUUGCUGUACACAAUCUUUUCAGCGUUUCUCCCAGUAUACAUGCAUGCAGCAGGAAACGAAUGGCGCGAUACGCCAAGCGCAAUAUGGACCGUGUCAUAUGGGAUAGUAUCACACUGUUGUUGCCACGGAUUGACCAAUCAGGAUCGAGCAUUCAAAUUUGCUUGAAGAUACUGCGUUGGAGGCUUGAACAACUCCGACAUUCUUGGAAUUAAUUCAUGCAGGAGUCGUACUUUGUUUUUUUCAGAUACAACUCCAAAUUUUGCCUGCAUAGAAAUCGUAAAAAGAAAAAAAUCUUCAAUUAAUUAUAAUGGGAAUCAGUAGAACAAGGUCAGUAAAAAAAAUUAUUUAGCACCUAAUGUUCCUUCAAAAGGUGUUAAAUAACAUGUUUUUGUUUCUCAAAUCCAACAAAUAAAAAAUUUGCAUCUAUAUAUGAAAUAUAUUUUAAUAAAGUAUAUGAUCGUGUUAAGAUAUGUAUAUGGCUUGGAAGGACAGUAAAAAAAUAAAAAUAUCAAGGCAGGUUUAAGAUGGUUAAAAUCUGAUCAUAAACACCUUGACGUAAAAUCCAAAAAGACCAAAUUAGUGAGUUUAACGAAAGCUUGAAAGAAAGAGAGAAAAAAAAGUAACAGUUGAUAUAUUGGAUAUAUUGAAAUGUUUCUUGUACGCGUUAACUGUACUAUAUUUUAUUCUAUUUAAGUAUUUUAUCACUGGACAAUCAACGUACGUUUUGUAUAUAGACAAUGUUCUAGCGCAUACAGUCCAUGACGUUCUGUACCUACUUAUAAAAUACGUGUUUAAGGCAGCAACAUAAAACGGUUCUCAAAAUCACAGACUUUGGUGGAAGCUCCCACUGUUUAACAUUUUUUGGAUAAAAGUGAGAAGGCAUUUUUGCAUUUUU